GCAGGUGCUCCCUGGGCUGAAGAGCAGCAGCCAUGUCUGUUAGAUACAGCUCGAGCAAGCAGUACUCUUCCUCCCGCAGCGGAGGAGGAGGGGGAGGGGGAGGAGGGGCAUGCUACAGAAUUUCAAGCAGCAAAGGUUCCCUUGGUGGAGGAGUAUGUGGCUCAGGAGGGUUCAGUAGUAGCUCUUUCAGCCGGGGAAGCUCUGGUGGAAGCUUCCUUAUAGGCUCAUCAGGUGGCUAUGGAGGAGGAUCAGGAGGAGGAGGAGGUUUUUGUGGCAGUAGCUUUGGCGGGGGCAGCUAUGGGGGAGGCUAUGGAGGCAGCAGCUAUGGGGGAGGCUAUGGAGGAGGCAGCUAUGGGGGAGGCUAUGGAGGAGGCAGCUUCGGAGGGGGCGGCUUCGGAGGGGGAGGCUUCAGUGGAGGCAGCUUUGGAGGGGGCUUUGGUGGUGGUGGUUUUGGAGGAGACGGUGGCCUCCUCUCCGGAAAUGAAAAAGUUACCAUGCAGAAUCUGAAUGACCGCCUGGCCUCCUACUUGGACAAAGUUCGGGCUCUGGAAGAUUCAAAUCAUGAGCUAGAAAAUAAAAUCAAGGACUGGUAUGACAAGCACAGCAGAACAGGCCAGGGAGAGCCUCAUGACUACAGCAAAUACUAUCAAACCAUCGACGAUCUUAAAAAUCAGAUCGUCAAGAUAACAACAGAUAAUGCCAAAAUACUGCUUCAAAUCGACAAUGCCAGGCUGGCAGCUGAUGACUUCAGACUGAAGUAUGAGAAUGAACUGGCCCUGCGCCAGAGCGUGGAGGCCGACAUCAAUGGCCUGCGCAGGGUGCUGGACGAGCUGACCUUGGCCAAGAGUGACCUGGAGAUGCAGAUCGAGGGCCUGAAUGAAGAGCUGGCCUACCUGAAGAAGAAUCACGAAGAGGAAAUGAAAGACCUUGGAAACGUGUCCACUGGUGAUGUGAAUGUGGAAAUGAAUGCUGCCCCUGGUGUUGAUCUGACUGAACUUCUGAAUAACAUGAGAAACCAGUAUGAACAAAUUGCUGAACGCAACCGCAAAGAUGCUGAAGCGUGGUACAAUGAAAAGAGCAAGGAACUGACUACAGAAAUCAACAGUAACAUUGAACAAAUGUCCAGCGUUAAAUCUGAGAUUACGGAAUUGAGACGCAAUGUUCAAAGUCUGGAGAUCGAACUACAGUCCCAACUAGCCCUGAAACAGUCCCUGGAAGCCUCCUUGGCAGAAACAGAAUGUCGCUACUCCAUGCAGCUCUCACAGAUUCAGGCCCAGGUCUCCUGCCUGGAGGAACAGCUGCAAGAGAUUCGAGCUGAAACCGAGUGCCAGAAUACUGAGUACCAACAACUCCUGGAUAUUAAGAUCCGACUGGAGAAUGAAAUUCAAACCUACCGCAAACUGCUUUCAGAAGGAGAGUCAGGCGAGAGCCAGAAAGGCAGCGGGCGUGGCAGCAGCAGCUACGACAGCGGAAGCUUCGGCAGCGGCGGCGGCUACGGCGGCAGCUCCGGCGUUUACGGCGGCGGCAGCUCCGGCGGCGGUGGCGGAGGCGUCUACGGCGGCGGCAGCUCCGGCGUUUACGGCGGCGGCAGCUCCGGCGGCGGUGGCGGAGGCGUCUACGGCGGCGGCAGCUCCGGCGGCGGCGGCAGCUCCGGCGUCUACGGCGGCGGUAGUUCCGGCGGCGGCGGCACCUCCGGCGGUUACGGCGGCGGCGGCUCCGGCGGUUACGGCGGCGGCGGCUCCGGCGGCGGCGGCUCCAGCGGAGGCCUCAGCCCCGGGGAGUCCUCGGCUAAGGGACCAAGGUCAGCAGAAAGUCACAGGGAUAUUAACAAAGCCAGAGUAAUCAAGACAAUUAUUGAAGAGGUGGCACCUAAUGGGAGAGUCCUUUCAUCUAUGGUCGAAUCAGAAACCGCAACACACUACUAUUGAGUCGCAUCAAGAAGAAAGGGGCUCCCUUCACACAGGCCAUGAUGUGCAGAUGUACAAAAAACAAAAUCUCGAAACAGUUCAGUACUGGCCUAUGGAAAUAGGUUCCCUCUAAAAAUAAGGUGUCUAUAACAGGUGUUUUGUGGUUUCUGUAUUUUCUUUUCACUUCACCAGAAAGUGUCCUUUGAUGGAAAAAAAAAAAAGAAAACUUUCUAUUCUCAUUUACUAAUGAAUUUCAAUAAACUUUCUUACUGAUGCAAACUA